AAGGCAAUACAUUAUGGGUGGCAUGUGCAUACUACACAACAGAUGUUAUUUAAAGUAGCACGAGGUUAGAACAACUGCAUAUACCACAAGAAUUCCGUCUUGAAGAGCUUGAAACUGUGAGUUAGAGCAAGAUGGAAGUGGUACUCACUGUAAUUUAUAUGAUUCUAGCUUUUGCUUUCUUCAAGUCUCUGUUUUUAUUUUCACGGAGAGGCAAGAAACUCCCCCCUGGUCCAUUUCAGUUACCUAUCAUUGGUAACCUUGCCACACUGGGAGAUCUGCCCCAUCAGUCUCUCGCCAAGCUUGCGGACAUCUAUGGCCCAAUCAUGCAUCUCAAAAUGGGAUGCUUAGAUACCAUUGUCAUUUCUUCACCAGCCAUAGCUCAACAAGUCCUUCAGAAGCAAGACAUUAUCUUCUCUAGGAGGUUCAUCCCAGACGCGAUCUUUGCCUGCGACCAUUUUAAAUACUCUGUUGCAUUUUUACCCGUCAGCCCUCUGUGGUCUAAUCUCAGGAAAAUAAUCCAUUCAAAUUUGUUUUCAUUUAACAAGUUGGACGCAAAUCAGCAUCUACGUAGUAGCAAGGUGAAUGACCUUAUUGGAUACGUUAAAAAGUGUAGCCAAACUGGAGAGGCAAUAGAUAUUGGUCGGGCUGCUUUUACGACUUCCCUCAAUCUUCUAUCAAACACUAUAUUUUCAAAGGAUAUGGCAGACCCUUCUCAGGAUUCAUCUAAAGAGUUCAAGGACCUGGUAUGGAAUAUUAUGGCUGAAGUAGGUAAGCCUAAUCUGGUUGAUUUCUUUCCUGUGCUUAAGAAGAUGGACUUGCAAGGUGUAUACCGCAGAAUGACAGGUCAUUUUGAGAGUAUACUAAAGCUUUUGGAGGGUUUGAUCACUGAGCGAAUGGCUUUAAAGAGGUCAGGCACUCUUGCAGUGAACAACGAUGCGCUUGAUGAACUAAUCAAGAUCUCUCAAGGCAGCCCUGUCGAAUUUGACAAAACUCGUAUUGAACACCUUCUCCUGGACAUAUUUGUUGCAGGAACAGAUACGACUUCGAGUACUGUUGAGUGGGGAAUGGCGGAGUUACUGAGAAACUCAGAAACGAUGGUGAAGGCAAAAGCAGAGCUAGACAAAGUACUGGGAAAAGGAAAGAUUCUUGAAGAGGCUGACAUUACUCGAUUGCCUUAUUUGCAAUGUAUCGUGAGAGAAACUCUAAGGUUACACCCUCCCAUCCCUUUCUUAUUACCGCGCCAAAUAGCAGAGGAAGCUGAAGUGAAUGGCUACACUAUACCAAAGAAUUCACAAGUUCUAGUCAAUGUAUGGGCGAUUGGGCGUGACCAAAGUUCAUGGAAGAAUCCCCUGUCAUUUUAUCCGGAAAGGUUCCUGGAUUCAGACAUUGAUUUAAAAGGCCAAGACUUCGAGCUGAUUCCAUUCGGUGCAGGGAGAAGGAUAUGUCCAGGGAUGUCUCUGGCAUCGAGGACGGUGCCUGUAGUGUUGGGAUCCCUCAUAAAUUGUUUUGAUUGGGAGCUUGAAGGUAAGAUUUCGGCAAAUGAACUAGGCAUGGACGAGAAGUUUGGGAUCACUCUGGGAAAGCUGCAUCCACUUUGCGCCCUAGCAACUUCAGUCCCUGUCUGAUUUUAACAUCAUAUAGUCGGACUCGUAUUUGUUUGUUUUUCUAAGAAACUGAACGAGUUGAAGAUUUUUUAGAUGUUGACAUUAAAGAAACACUUGCAUGUAUUUCAAAUUUUCUA